UGAAGUACGCCUCACAAAAGGAAACCAGUGUGACAUGCGAAAGCAGCAGAAAACAAAGAAGACUUCAGAGAGGUGUUGUUUCUCCCUUGCCAAGGUGAGAGAAAAUGGCUGCUGGGGUGGAGCAGGAUACCGUGGACUCUGGCAUUUCUAGUUGCUUUUCAAGGAUGUCUGUAGGGACAGAGUCUGUCCCCGAAGGACCCAUCAUCGUCCACUUCCAAAUGGGUCUGUUUAAAGAAAGGGUCCCGGUGUACGAGGGCCGGCUGAGUUUCAAAAGCGCCAAGAAAAUAGCAGCAGAAAUCAUUGAGAAGAAGGCCCCUGAUUGGAGUAUAAUAGGUCUUGGUGAGAAACUGUUACUUUUCCGGCAUGAUCCCACGUCUGAGCAGCUCCUCCACAGACUCUCAGAGCAACACGACCUGCAUGAUGGAGACCUGGUGGAGGUGGUACUUGCUGCUUCUGCGUCACUGACUGAGGUCAAGUUUCGCCCACAUUCUUUGGUGGUCCAGUCUUAUCGCACACCUACGUUUUGUUACCACUGUGGUGAGAUGCUUUGGGGGCUCAUCCGACAGGGCUUAAAAUGUGAAGGUUGUGGAUUAGAUUUCCAUAAACGCUGUGCACUGAUGUUGCCUAAUGACUGCUCACGUGUGUACCGACCAUGCGGCCCCAGUUUGUCACUGUUCCCUCCCUUGCGUCCCCGUUCCACCUCCCUCAGCAACCACACUGGAGGCAGUCUGGAGGAGAUCAGUCUUUCCAAGCCGUCACGCUCUCGGCCCCCAUCGUGGGCAGACAGGCCCGUGUGGUUGGGGCUGUGCGAUGGAACUAAAGGAGGCAGACCCCUGGUGCCACACACCUUUCACAUCCACACAUACACCAAGCCUACAGUGUGUCAGCACUGUCACCGGCUGCUGAAGGGUCUGUUCCGCCAAGGCCUGCAGUGCUCUGACUGCAAGUUUAACUGUCAUCGCCGCUGUGAGUCUCAGGUUCCACCGGACUGUAGAGGGGAACGAGCCAAUGGAGAAGAGAGCAACUCAAACCAGAAGCCUGAAUCUGAGGAGGACAUUGCUGUGGUAACAGUCAACGCUAUUUAUGAAGAGUAUCCCUUUAAAGCGCGACCUCACGUUGAGGACUCUGCCGAACAACCACCAAUCGGUCCAUGUUUCAGCAGUAAUAUCCCCUUGAUGAGGGUGGUGCAGUCAGUUAAACAAACUAAGAGGAGAUCCAGUGGAAUAUUGAAGAAAGGCUGGCUGUUGCACCAUACCAAUGUAGAUACACUGAGAAAAAGGCACUACUGGGUUCUAGAUGGGAAAAGCAUCACACUGUACCAGAACGAGAACAGCAACAAGUACUACAAGGAGCUGCCUCUGUCUGAAGUGCUGCAGGUUCAAGGUUCAUCUCAGCUCACUGUUACUGUGCAGUCGGAUGACGCUGGUCAUUCAUUUGAGCUGCUGACGAGUUCUGUGGUCUACUGUGUGUUCGCAAAUACAGAAGGAGCAGCCUGGGAGUCGGCCAUCAGACUCGCGCUCAUGCCUUUACAGAGCAUUGGCCUCAGCACAGCAGGGCCUGCAGAUGAUCGAGCCAUCAGUGAAGAAAUCCAGGAUAUUAGUUUGCUGUAUCAGGUUUUCUCUGAUGAAGUGUUGGGAUCAGGUCAGUUUGGAGUGGUGUACGGAGGUACUCACAGGCAGACGGGACGACCAGUAGCCAUUAAGGUCAUUGAUAAAACUCGCUUCCCGGCCAAGCAGGAGAGACAGAGCAAAAAUGAGGUGGCAAUACUGCAGAGUCUGUCCCAUCCUGGAGUCAUUGUACUCGAAGGCAUGUUUGAGACACCUGAACGGACUUUUGUCAUCAUGGAGAAGCUCCAUAGCGACAUGCUGGAGAUGAUUCUGUCCAACGAGAACGGACGUCUUCCUGAACGCACCACGCGCUUCCUUGUUAUGCAGAUUUUGGAGGCUCUGCGCUACCUGCACAUGAGACACAUCGCUCACUGUGACCUUAAACCUGAGAACGUGCUGCUUGCCUCACCAGAUCCUUUUCCUCAGGUGAAACUGUGUGACUUUGGUUUUGCGCGGAUCAUCGGUGAGAAGUCUUUCCGGCGCUCGGUGGUGGGUACGCCGGCGUAUCUUGCCCCCGAGGUGAUCAGCAGCCAUGGCUAUAACCGCUCCCUGGACAUGUGGGCUGUAGGGGUGAUCCUGUAUGUCAGCCUGAGCGGCACGUUUCCCUUCAACGAGGAUGAAGACAUUCACCAGCAGAUCACUAACGCUGCCUUCAUGUACCCACGUCAUCUGUGGGCCCUCAUUUCUCUCGAGGCGGUGAGUUUGAUUAAUAACCUGCUGCAGGUGGUGGUGCGCCGCAGGUUCAGUGUGGGGAAAGCUAUGGGACACCCCUGGCUCCAGAACUUCCAACUGUGGUGUGACCUGCGUCAGUUUGAGCAGCGUCUGGGUUGCCGUUACCUCACUCAUGACUCGGAUGAUGAGCACUGGAGAUGCCACGCUCAGGAGAAAGGCCUCCGUCUCCCUCCACAUCUACAGACAGAGCAGGGACACUAACACACACGUACACUGGACACCUCAGUUUGAUCAGGAGACCUGUGACUGUGGCGUGUGGACUGUACAGAAUCCAGUGCCCUGAUGUGAUGUACAUUUUAUGCACACUGACUAUUUUUAAUAAAAUGAUGCAAAACUCUG